UUUCCGCAACAGCGCGAUCGACGACCCUCUACCCCAACCUCCGCCCACGCCGCGCAAGCCUCAGAGCCCGCAGUCGACGUUUCUGCGGAAGCGCCUACUACCUCUCCGUGGCGAUCUCUAGAUUCUGACAUUAGUCCCGCAAAUUGUUAUGGCAGAGCAGAUCACCCACGAUGUGGUAAAGGAAGCACAGUCGAUGGGUGUAAACUCGCCCAUCGACGACCCUGCGACAACUACCAACAACUCCGCCGGCGUCGGCGAGGCGCUCUCUGAUUCCACGACCGCCGAACCCAAGCCUUCAGAAGCCAUUCCUACGACAUCCACAAACGCUACGAGUACAAACGCAGAUCAGGUUGGUGGUGCACCAAGGUCAGACAAGGCAGGAGGACAUGUUUCGGCUGCUCCCGCCCCGGACUCUGGCAAACAACAACGAUCUGAUACAGUGCCGAGGGAGAGAAAUGAGUUGCUUGUCAAUGGCGACUCGGGCGAGCAGUCCCCUGCCGAGGAUGGGACGCAGCAAGCAAUUGGAGAGGCCAGUGGUGGUUCGGAUACGGACAUUAGUCGUCCAGGCAGUGUGGAUCAGGCAAAGGAGAGGGGAAGCGGCCACCUGCGAUCAAACUCAGUGAAGAAACCAGCCGCGUUCAAGUCUGUGUCCGUGACGAAGAAUUUCUUGGCCAAGUCUGCCGUUUCCACGCCAUCUGCACGGCCUGGAGAGAAGGUGGCCCCGGCAGGACAAACGAGUGCGUCGACGCAGCAAUCAGCAAAGCCCCGGCUAGUGGCAAAGUCUGGUAGCGGGAUGGGCAACGUACCUCGUUCAUCACUUUCGAAGCUGAAUGGCGCUGGUACCGGGCCUGACGCAAGCAAGGUGUGGAAUAAGAACCAACCAAUUCCACCACCCCCCCCCAAGCAGUUCACAGACGAAGAACUUAAACAACAAUACGGCAUCCAUCUCGCAACCCGUUUGCAAGCAGACGAGGCAGGCAAGGAGGCGAAAUGGGCAGAUAUUGACGACGAUGAGGAUGACUGGGCACCGGACACCGUUCAGUGGAUGGACGGGACAAAAUCUACGGUUGCUGCUGUAGAGAAUCAACCCCCGCCUCAGGAAGAACCAAAGCCUGCCCCAACAGAGACACCUCUUGAGGCCUCGAAAUCGGUACCGGCUCUGGCCACGAACACGCAACGACCAGGCUCAACCACUGGAACGAAGACGAUCCUUAAGCCUGGUGCCUCUCUGUCAGGCUCAAACAAAGCCGGUCUAGUCCUGAAGGGGCAGCCUGAGAAACCAACCCUGGUGGCUAAACCCUCCACCACCGCUCCAGUCAAGUCGCCCUGGGCUCCGUUACCACCUGUGGAGAAGGUCUCACCAAUACAGAUCAGUCCGCCCGUGCAGCACGCCCCACCUCGAUACUCUCAGCGAGAACCACACGGAUAUGAUACUUUGCCACCACCACCUGGGCCUGCGAAAGAAAUUGCUCCUGACGAUUUUAAUCGGUCAUGGCGGGAUGACCGUGGCAGUAGGGAGCUCUUUAAUUCCCACAGCGGUCGCUACGAACCUGUAAACGAGAUGCGCCGUGGCUCCUUCCGCGACAAUAACAGCUUCCGGCAGCAGCCCUCGGUCCUCCAGCGGCCUUCCCAAGAUGGCCCAGCGGAGCCAUCAGCCGCAUUUCAAACUUCGCGAAUGAGUGCAGAUGGUCCCGCCUGGGGUCGAAGGCGAAACUCUUCUAACGUGAGUGGAGGUAGCGGUCGUCGCAUGUCUUUUGACAGACGAGCCCCGGACCUUCCCCCAGUACCAACGAACAUGCAACGACGGGAAUCACAAUCUAUCAACGGUUCAGAGGCUGCAACUCCAGGCACUCCUCGUCAAACUUUUGCAAAGACCCACCUUUCCGACUCCUACCACGCAGGAUCUGACCCGCACGUCUCCUUCACUCAGAGGUCGUCGCCAAAUGUGUCACACGUGCAACCGGCUUCCCCUUAUGGAUCCGUAGGCUCAUCGGCCGCUCCGGAUGGUGCGGCGCCGGGUGGCCCCGUUCAAAUGGAGAGUGCUGUAGAGGUUCAGAAUCGUCUUAUGCGUGAAAAAUUAGAGCGUGCGAGACUUGCAAAGCAGAAAGAGAGGGAAGCCGAGGAGAAGGAGGAAGCUGAGAGGAAAGAACGCCUGCGUAAGAAGCUUGAGGCAAUGGGAUUGGCCAAUGAACCGAAAUCGAAACCGAAGGAUCCAUCGCCAACACGAUCCUCACCUCCGAAGGACAAGACAGUACCAGCUCCUAUGCAAUCGCCGCCGAAGCCUCCCGUGCCAACUUCAGAGGGAGAAGUUGCACAGUAUGGUAUGAUGAAGGUCCACCAGCCUCAUCCAGUAAAGAAGCCAUUCCAUGGAGAUGUCACGUUAGCGGCACCAAAGUCGUCGAGAGGUGCAGAGCUAUGUCCUAAACCAAGUCCUUCUCCAGUGAAAGUUCAAGCCGAGGUUCAGCCGAAGACCGCAAACUCCCUCUUCGAAUCUUCAUCUACGUCCGCGAACAAUCUCAAUCACGACAACAACAAACACAAUAACGCUCAAUUGGAACAAUCGCAAGCGCAACAAUCUGAGGCCGAAGCCCGUGCUACCCCUCAAGCGCAUAAGUCGACCCAUCAUCAUCCACCAACUACUUGGUCAACCUCACUUACUCAACAACCUCGAGCACCUUGGUCUGGGAUAUCAUCUGCACCUUCGUCCAACGUUUGGGGCCCUCCUCAAAUCAAAGAUAGAGCUCUUGGAAACGGCACGUUUGACUCUGGCUACACUCGAGGCCAACCUCACCCCACAGCACAACAACACUCUUCACAGCCGCAGCCUGGCCCACCACCCGCCCUUAGUUUGACUGCGUCGCUGAAGCCAUCGCCAUCGCAGCCGCAGAUUACUUCAAACCCCCCAUUUGCACAGCAAACAAUGUACACGCAAACGGAAACAAUGCCUGCUCCACAAGUCAACAUGGGGCCUAAACCUGUUGGAAAUCUCACCGUGACUGGAUCUAUCGCUCCGCGACGACAAGAAUUGAGCGGCUGGGGCAACUUCACUGCUCAAAUCCAUCGUGAUGAUCGAGACAUGGCUGUGAAGGCACGAGAGAACCUCGAGCGCAUGGGUGGCGAGACAAUGCGUCCUGAAUUCCGCGAGACUUACAAAGACCAACAAGGCAAAAAGCAAGAGGUCGUACAUGGUCGGGUUCCUGGUAAUGCUACUCCAGAAGUCUCUCAACCUACUGUUGCCCCCAAUAUGAAGACAAACAAUGCCACGGCUCUCAACGAAUCUUCAUCCUCACAACCUGUCAUCAGCCAAGGCGGCCACCUUCAACCCACCGGUUCAACUGCACGCUCAUCGCGCUUCUUCCCUCGUCCAGCCGAGGCGACGAACCAAUCGUCAACGACUUCAAGCAAGUCGGAUUCCCCCCCACCUCCCGAGACCGAGUCCCAUCCAGCCUUCACCGGCGACACUGAACACCCGGUUGUGAAGAUGCCCAAGCCAUCCCCUCGUGUACGACUUCCUCCUGCUGCUACCGAUCCUGUUGUUCCUGUAGAAACACCUGUCAGCAUGCCAAAUCGGGCUCGUAUGAGCUUUGGCGCACGACCACUUGCUCUUGAUCCGGAGUGGCAAGCUCGCUUCAAUGGUCUUCUUGGGAAAUCGCCGCCAUCCUCGGUGCCGGCUCCGAUCACCAGACCCUCCAACAUUCAGCCAGCACUCAAUGCUCGGCCAGGUUCGCUCGCUGUUAGUGCGUCAUCGAGAGCACCCCUCGAGGUUCGUGAGAGCGUCGCGCCUGCUACUGUUUCAUUGCCAAACAGCAUCGCAAAGAAGAUAUUUGCAGAGGACGAUAACCGCGACGUCACCACUCGUGUCAGCGCCGAGGAAGUCUUGCUUGAGGAGCGCGAGUUCGGCUCACUGCCAGAAGUGAAGCUUUCCAAAGUUCCUCAUCUUGCAGCUAACGAGCCCCCUGUUGGAUUCCCAUCUGUUCAUCCCGACUCCAAGUUUCACCGAACUUUAGAUGUCACGACAAAGCCGGUCUUGAAUGUACGUGAUAUUGAUCACAAUGCUGAGAGCAUCGAUAUAGUCAUUCGACUGAAUAAUAUGCGAGAGCCCAUUACGAAGGCGGUACCAAGAAAGCGCAGUAGUCGAAAAGGCGCUGGCUCCAAGCCAAAGCGCACCUUCACCCCCACUAGUGCUACUCCUAGCAACUCCCAACCUCAGCGCUCGUCACGCAAACCAUCCGGUUACCAAGGUCAAGGUUCAAACAACCACAACAAUCCUCGCCCACCUUCUGGCGGCAACGGAUGGAACUCCACCCGCUCUACCCCACCACAUAAUAACAACAACUGGACUAGACGCCCUGCUCCUGUCCAUUGAAUCUUACCUAUUCAACUCAUAUAAAGACUGCGACUCCAAUUGAUCGUAUCUGAACCUUGGACCUCUCCAGGACCUUGCCCCUUCUGAAUC